AUGGAGGCUCCCGAGAGCAGAAAGAGAAGUCGAGACGACGAUGGUGCAGUGUCGAUCCACUCGAAACGACACCAAUCGGACAAUGGCGGCGGGCAAAUGCUGAACUACUGCGACUACACUGUUGGAUGGGUUUGUGCUCUCUCCAUUGAGAUGGCAGCAGCAAAAGCUAUGCUAGAUAGCAUUCACGUCCCCUUACCCAACAAAGAAGGCGAUAUCAAUACCUACACCUUUGGCCGCGUUGCUGAGCAUAAUGUUGUCAUCGCAUGCCUUCCAGCGAACCAAUACGGCACCAACAACGCCGCUAUAGUGGCCAGCAAUAUGAGUCGAAGCUUCUCUUCCAUCACCAUUCGAUUGAUGGUUGGAAUUGGCGGUGGAGUGCCCGAUGGCGGGAUCGACAUACGAUUAGGAGAUGUUGCAGUCGGGAACGAAGUGAUGCAGUACGACUUGGGCAAGAUCUUGCCCGACGGCCAGUUUCAGCGAACAGGCCGCACCACCACGCCCCCUCACACGAUCACGACGGCUAUAGCCAAGCUAAAAGCAGAUCAUGAGAGCGCGCCCAGCAGAAUUCCCAGCAUCCUCUUGGACAUGCUCGACCGAAACGAGCAAAUGACCUCAUACGCCCGACCUAGCUUGCCAGAUCGACUGUUCCGUCACACAUACAAGCACACGCAAGAGACGGACAGCUGCGAGCGCUGUAGCCUAUCAGAGGCUCUAGAACGACCUCAUCGGGAGACCGCGGAACCCAGAAUUCACUAUGGCAAAAUUGCAUCUGGCAACCAGGUCGUCAAGGAUGGCGAAACUCGUUCUAGGAUGGCGGAGGAACUUGGCAUCAUCUGCUUUGAGAUGGAGGCUGCAGGGUUGCAUGAGUUUCCUUGCCUUACCAUUCGCGGCAUCUGCGACUACUCAGAUUCUCACAAGAACAAAGCCUGGCAGAAGUAUUCCGCUGCUGUCGCCGCUGCAUAUGCCAAGGAACUCCUGUCUGUCAUACCUACACAGCAACGAAGGGAUAUUGAAGCGACAUAUCCUACAACAGACCCAGUAUUGCUCCAAAGUCGAGCGGAGGCAAUGUUGAGCUCGUUAACGUUUGAGCAAAUCGACUCGCGCCAUGCGACAAUCAAGACUCAACAUACCCAAACUUGCCAAUGGUUGCUUGGCCACCCAAAAUACGUCGAAUGGCUUGAACCAAUCCAUUUUACUAGUCAUCAUGGAUUCCUGUGGAUCAAUGGAAAGCCCGGUGCUGGGAAGUCAACAUUGAUGAAGUUUGCCUACACCUACGUGAAGAACAGGUGGAAAGCAACAGCCGACGCAACCGUCAUCUCUUUUUUCUUCAACGCCCGAGGCGUUCAGCUAGAAAAGUCGACAGAAGGAAUGUAUCGAUCUCUGCUUUUUCAAAUUUUUCAAAAAUUCCCGGACGUCCUACACGAUUCAGACCACAUCUUCCAAGCCAGGCACAACCAGGCCACUUGGGAUAUCGAAACGCUCCAGGCUCUUUUUACCCAUGCGGUUACCAGACUUAGCCAGCGACAGAUCAUCUGCUUCAUCGAUGCUCUUGAUGAAUGUGGUAUAUCCGAGGUUGAGAAUAUGGUCGAGUAUUUCGAGGACCUAGGAGACCAAGCUGCCAAAAGCCAAACCAAAAUUUACAUCUGUUUUUCCAGUCGUCACUAUCCGCAUAUCGAGAUACGCAACGGAUUGAAGCUCACUUUAGAGGAUCAGCCAGGUCAUGGCGAAGACCUUGAGAAAUAUGUUCGAAGCAAGUUGCGAGCCGGCAAAAGCAAGGCGUCUCAGGAAGUCUCUACCGAAAUCUUAGAGAGAGCAUCAGGAGUUUUCUUGUGGGUGGUACUCGUCGUCGACAUACUUAACAGAGAGUUCCGCGAUGGUCGCAUGUUUGCAGUAAAGCGGCGACUAAAGGAGCUGCCCGAUGGGCUUAGUAACCUUUUCAAGGAUAUACUUUGCCGGGACAAUCAUAAUAUGGACGAUUUGUUACUUUGCAUCCAGUGGAUCUUAUAUGCAGCAAGACCCUUGACGUGUGAGGAGUACUACUUUGCCCUCGUAUCAGGACUGGACCCAAGCCCUGAGAACUACGAUCAAAAAUCCACUACACCUGCAGCCAUGGAGCUGUAUCUUCUUAGCUCUUCGAAAGGCCUUGCCGAACUUGUCAAGUCGAAGGCGCGGACUGUGCAGUUCAUUCAUGAAUCGGUACGCGAUUUUCUCAUCAAGGACAACGGGAUCGGCCAAUUAUGGCCCAAUCACGCAGCGAAUUUUGAAAGCUACAGCCACGAUCGAUUGAAACAAUGUUGUGAUAAUUAUUACCGCAACAUUGACAUUUCCGAAAGAGUACCCCAGGGCGAGCCUCCGCCUAAAGCAUUGUCAAGGCGGGCCAAAGAGCAGGCCAAAGAGCAGGCCAAAGAGCAGGCCAAAGAGCAGGCCAAAGAGUUACGCACUCGAGUUUUAGAAGACUUCCCAUUUCUUGACUACGCGACACAACAUGUUCUUCAUCAUGCCAAUGCUACGGGGGAGGUUAUUCCUCAGGUUACAUUUCUAAAGAACUUCGCAUUAAAGCGCUGGCUUCAUUUAUACAACUUCUUUCAGCAGUAUGAAGUUCGUCGUUACACAACUGAGGCUUCUUUAGUUUACGUCCUUGUUGAGCACAACCUACCGUCUCUUGUCCGAUCUGCAAUUAACAACGGAUUCGAUGUUCAUUCCAAAGGAGAGAGAUACAGAUACCCUCUUUUGGCUGCUUUGAAAAACGGCCAUGAAGAGGUAUACAAGGCACUCCAGCCUCAUUACAAUGCCUCGGACAAGAUUAUUGAUCAAGACGAUUACCAUAAAGGGUUCUCGAUUCCAAGAAAUACAACUGUGCUCCAUUACGCUGCGGAAUACGGCGAUCUAUUACUCUUAACACACUUACUCGGGUUCAUGACACCAACAAUUAACGCACAAGAUAGGCGGCAGGGCCGUACUCCUUUGAGUUAUGCGGUGUCUAGUGGUAAUGAAGCUUGUUUACGAGCGCUGCUCUCCUACGGUGCCAAUAUCGAGGCGGCCAAUAAAGACGGCCGGACGCCGCUAGUAUACGCCGCGGAGUUUGGGAACAAGGCAGCUAUACGGUUGCUGCUUGACUGGGGAGCGCAGAUUGAGGCGGCCGACAAGGACGGCCGGACGCUGCUAUCGUACGCUGCGGAGUUUCGGAAAGAGGCCGUUGUACAGCUGCUGCUUGACCGGGGCGCGCAAACUGAGACAGCUGAUAAAUACGGCCGGACGCCGCUAUCGUACGCUGCGGAGUCUGGGAAAAAGGCCGUUGUACGGCUGCUGCUUGACCAAGGCGCGCAAACUGAGACAGCUGAUAAAUACGGCUUGACGCCGCUAUUAUAUGCCGUGAGAUAUAGGAGAAAGACUGCUGUACGACUGCUGCUUGACCGAGGCGCGCAAACUGAGACAGCUGAUAAAGACGGCCGGACGCCGCUGUCGCACGCUGCGGGGAUGUCUAAGAAUGAGGCCGCUAUACGGCUACUGCUUGACCGAGGCGCGCAAGCUGAGGCAGCUGAUAAAGACGGCCGGACGCCGCUGUCGCACGCCGCGGAGAUGUCUAAGAAUGAGGCCGCUAUACAGCUACUGCUUGACCGAGGCGCGCAAGCUGAGGCAGCUGAUAAAGACGGCCGGACACCGCUGUCGUAUGCCGCAUGUUGUUACGAGAACGAGACCGCUAUACGGCUACUGCUUGACCGGGGCGCGCAAGCUGAGGCAGCUGAUAAUAACGGCCGGACGCCGCUAUCACAUGCUGUGAAGAAGUAUAUGAACGAGGCUGCUGUACAGCUGCUGCUUGACCGGGGCGCACAAACCGAGGUAGCCGACAAAGACGGCCGGACGCCGCUAUCGUAUGCCGUAAGAUAUGGGGGAGAGGCUGUUGUACGGCUACUGCUUGACCAGGGCGCGCAGAUUGAAGCAGCUGAUAAUAACGGCCGGACGCCGCUAUCAUACGCCGCGGAGUUUAGGAACGAGGCGGUUGUACAACUGCUCCAAUUGCAUGGUGCUAAACUUCGUCGAUGA